CCAAAACUUUACCCCCCCCUGAAAGCAUGAAACAGAAAGAAAUGAUACCAGACCUGCAAAGAUGGACCUUUUUCAACGCCUCGACGAGGACAUAUCAAACCUCAUUAUCGAACAUGGUUUCCUCAACCUCGACGCGUUGCGCUUCGCAACAGAACGCGAGGUCGAGCGUGCUGCGGUAAGGGCGCUCGAGAUGGCUACCCCUGACCUGCAGCUCGCUAUUGCCAUGAGACAGAGUGUCAUAGGAAUCGAAGGCGAUAACAUCAUCAACGACGAUGAGAAUGAUGCCGACGAUAAUAAUGGCAAUAAUAACGCCGCUAACGUUGUCAACAAUGACGAUACUGGAGGUUAUGUCGGCCGGGAAGAACGCAACCGCCUCCUCACAGACUCGCGAAACAACAGCGCAGAAACCUCAGACGCAGAAGACAACAGCAAUAACAACAAUAACGACGACGACAGAACGGAAUGCGUCGUCUGCUUCACAGCAAGACAGCCUCUCCACCGCCUCCCCUGCGGCUGCCGAAUGUGUCCCCGCUGCCUCCGGCGCUGUCUCCGCGCGGGUUUACGUCCAGGAGGCUGGCCGCCACGGUGUUGCCAGCCUCUGGCACCGGAUAACGUCGAGCAGGCCGCCGGCGCAGAACGGCCUCGGUUGGUGAGGCUGUAUCGGCAGGUCCGGGUUGAGGAGGAGACGCCGGGUGAGGAGAGGGUGUAUUGUGCUAGGCCGGAGUGUGCUGCGUUCAUACCGGCUGCUGAUGGUGCUGCUGGUGACGACGCGAUGUUUUGUCCUGCGUGUGGGCAAGGUACGUGUCGGCAGUGUCGGAGACCACUUCAUCCGGGACAGCUGUGUGGUACCGAGGCCGAGGAUGCAGCGUUGAUGGACGUCAUGGACGAGCUUCAUCUGUCGCCUUGUCCUAGUUGUGGGAGGAUUAUUGAACGUGCGGGCGGGUGUACGCACAUGACGUGAGUUUUUGAGCCCCCCUUUUCUUUUCUUUCCUCCCCUCCUAUCCUAGAAAGCAAAGUGAAGUAAGGAAGUUUCGGGAGUAGAACUGAUCAGAGGACUUGUAGGUGCGUAUGCGGCCAAGAGUUCU